GACGACGUGCAAUACAUUACAACAUGUAUCAACUCGCUCUGGUUAGCAACCAAACACAAUCCAUCACAAGCAGACUCCAAUCUGCUCAAAAUGAAACGGCAACUCGAGGUUCGACUCCGAAAAGUCUUCGGAAACUCAGCAGAUGAGCAAAUCAGCGGCCGCGUGAGUCCGUUGAACACCAUCAUCCCCGCGUACGAAAGUAUUUGGCGCGUGGUCCUCCGCUGCUUCCUUGAAGUGCGCUUUCGCAAAUGCGGAAACGAGAUUGAAGAAAGUAUUACGAAACGCACGUACAAAAUGAUUUUCAGCCACUUUAUGAGCCAUCCCAACCCUUCACUCUUCGAGAGUUCAUUCCAAGAUACGCAUAUCUCAGUCAAGCACAUUGUGAACGAAGCCCUGCGUCUCUACCCUCCAACUCGAAGGAUUCACCGUCAGUUGGAAAACGAGAUGGUGAAGAUUGAUGUUGAAUGGUUGCAUCGUGAUCCUGUUUCCUGGGGACGGGAUGCAGAGGAGUUCAAGCCGGAGAGGUGGGUGGGUGUGCUUUUGAAGGGUGUCGAUGGGAAGAUGGCAUUCACUCCAUUUGGACUAGGUGAAUUGAGUUGCCCAGCUAAGAAGUUUGCACCGAUGAUGAUUGGGAUUUUGGUUGGUGCUUUGAUGUGCGGUGUUGGUGAAGGAUGGGAGUUGGUGGAUGAGGAGCUCAGCGGUGAUGUGCUUGGUACAAAGGUGUUGGAUGGUGGGAGAGAGGCCUAUGAAGGGCUGCGGUUGAGAAGAUUCAACGAUGAGGAAUAGGUACAAGCGAAGAUCGUGAUUGGGACCUGUUGCUUCUCCUUUGUACUCUAGAAUUUGGCGAAUCAUUGAAAUUACGUUCUUGUUGACGAGAUUACGCACGGCUGGUCCGUAUCUCCUGGAUGACAGAAAAAAAAGC